GCACCAAGGCUCGCCAUGGGCUCCGCUUGCUCCCCGACGGCGCUCCUUCUGCGCGGCCUCGUGCUGGGGCUCUUUCUGCUCGCCUGCUCAGCCCCAGAAUGCCAGGCAGAGGUGCAAGUAUCGGUCCCAGCUUUGUUGGAAGUCCAACUAGGCCACAAAGUGUCCAUCUCCUGCGCACACACCACAGAAGGUCACAAUGGCUUGUCCCUGGUGGAAUGGUUCAUUACGGACAAGAACGGGGAGCAGAGGCGUGUGGCCUACAGCGAUCAGGGCCGGCAGGGGGUGGACCGAGGCACCGAGUACACGGACCGCGCCUCCAUGGAAGCCGGCCACAGUUUGGUCAUCAAAGCGGCCGAGGUGAUCGACGAGAGAGCCUUCUCCUGCCAGGUGACGGCGGGCGCUGCAGGGAGCGGAAUGGGAGUGACACAGCUCAAGGUGUACGGUGCACCUGAAUCCCCAGAGGUCAUACCUAACAGCAGGACCCUCUCUGUGACUGAGGAGGACGCCUCAGAGAUUGCAACGUGCACCAGCAAAAAUGCCAACCCAGUGCCAACCAUCAGCUGGUACAAAGAUGGCCGCUCUCUGAAUGCCUCCACAGAACGCAAUAAGGAGCUGUAUGUCGUGUCACGGACAGUGAAAGAGGCGUCAGGGCUGCUCUCCGUCUCCAGCACCCUGUACCUGCGGGUGAGCAAAUCUGACAAGGACUCCAGCUUCCUCUGCCACGUCAGCUACGCAAUGCCGCACGGGAAAGUCGGCAGCGCAGAGUCGGACCCCUUCCAUCUCACGUUACACUACUUCACAGAGAACGUGCAGUUUUCUGUAGAUUCCCCAGAGGUCAUCAAGGAAGGGGAUGACAUCGAGUUGCAAUGCCAGGCGGACGGCUACCCCCCGCCGGAGUACGUCUUUUACAAAAUACAGAGUGAAGACAGACAGGUAGACCUGGGGUCCCACGCCAAUGGAAUCCUGAGCCUUCCGCACGUGACCAAGGCAGACAGCGGGACGUACCGGUGUCAGGUGCUGGACUUUGACAGCCCCAGUACCGUAGAGCUGGAGAAGGAGGUGACCAUCUAUGUCAACUAUCUGGACCCCCUGGUUCUGAACCCGAACAAGACGGUGAUGGCAAGAUUGGGCGAAAACAUCGAGCUGACCUGCUCUGGUACUGGCUCCCAGAUGCCCACCUUGCUAUGGAAGAAGGGAAAGACUAAGGUGGGAGACGGCGAGACUUUGCCCCUGAGUUCACUGAGCUACCACAUGGCUGGCGGGUACACGUGCGAAGCCUCUGUGCCCAGCAUACCUGGGCUGCAGCGGACCCAGACCGUGGAAGUCGUCGUGGAAGGAACCCCGCAAGUGGAGCAGCCCCAGUCCACACGCCAUUACCAGAGCCUGGGCCAGAAACUGACCUUUACCUGCUCUGCUUUCGGCUACCCUGAGCCAGAGAUCAAGUGGAGCGUCACUGGGGAAGAGCCGUCCGCGAGGUCCUUUGGCAACAGAGUCAUCAGCGAAUUGUCGGUGGAGGUGACCCCUGAACUGGCCCAGAACGGGGUCACGUGCUGGGCUGAGAAUGAGCAUGGCAAGGCCGAACAGACGUUCCUGUUACAGAUGGCAGUUGCACCGACGACAUCUGCCUCUCCCGUGCCAGCAGGGAACCCCGAGCUCCGGACAGUGGACGGGGAACAGAGCCAGGGUGGCAGCACCAUUGCCGUGAUUGCUGUGUGCGUCUGCGUCUUGCUCCUCCUCCUCAUUGUGGGCUUCUUCUACUUCAUGCAGCGCCGCGGCCAGCUGCCCUGCGGCGGAGGCGAGAAGAGAUCAUUGACGCCCAAGGAAGGGAAUCCUGACGACACCGUGGUGGAGAUGAAGACGGACAAACGGAACGAGCAGACGGGGCUCUUGAGCCCUGGGGGCGGCGGUGGCGUUGGGGCAAAUGAGUGCUGAGAGCAAGCCUGGAGUUGUCUUCUUCUGGAGGAUCUGCCUCUUCCCUGCUCUGCACCACACAAACCACGGGGCGAAGAGGACGCCAGGGCUGGACUGUGCGAGGGGAACCCAGUCCCUCCGGGGCCCUUCCUUCUCUGAGGGCAGGGGAGCAUUCUUCCUUGCAUCUGGACUUUUUUUUGUGCAAAUGGGGUGAGGUGAGGGGGUUGUGUUUGCCGCUACUCCUUCUUCCUCCUCGAAACGCCUGAUUGUUAUUAUUGUUCUUGUAAUUAUUUUAAAAGAAACUGACACUUGCCCGGAACCCCUCUGGCGUGAGUAGACGCGCCAUCGACACACAGGCCCCUGUCUCUCCACACACCGGUAUGCCUCUUGCCGACUUGCGGACCUGAACUAAGCCCACACGUGCACUUAACACCCUGAACAUGGAAACACAGGCUUGGAAGAAAAUUCACACAAGUUGACUGGCCCCUUUCUGUUGGCACACGGCUGUUAGCUACUUGUGGUCUUAAAGGACUCGCUUUUUGUAAACCUUCCCACCACCAUCCCGUCCCACUUAGUCGCUUGGAGGCUAUUCUCGCUCGCCAUAGGUGAUCAGGCUAGCAGUGUCUGUCUUUUGCCGUUGGGCAAAGACAUGUGGGCACCUAUAUUCCUGUGCACACUUCUUCUUUAUCCUCCUUGUGUAACAUGCAAUGUGAGUGAACACAUACAAGCACACCCUUGUUUCGUCACGCAUCGACACCCUCACACCCAUUGAACGCGGUUGUCGGGAAGUCGUGCGAAGACUUGCAAAGUUGACAUGCUCCCCGCAUGCAUGUGAAUGUGUUCCGUCCAUACAUUAACAUGUUCGUGUGUGCCACAAAUUUACCUUAGGGGUGUGUGUGUGUGUGUGUGUGUGUGUGUGCGUGCGUGCAUGUAUGCACACAAGGCUUUGCAAAUUAUAUGUGGGCAUCGUGGCUGAGUAUUAAUUUCUACUAGACAGCCCCGAGGUCCACUCCACAAUAGCAGCACAACAGCAUCCUAUGCAUUUAUGAGCACAGACACUGUCCGAUGAAGUGAUAUCACUCAGGCUGCAAUUCUGUAUAUGCUAAGCCCCAUUUAUCUCAAUAAUGCUUGCUUCUGAGUAGAUCAUGCUGUCACGCUUUAAUCUAGGUUGACGAACACAUGGCUGCUUUUUUUAAAAAAAAAAUAUCCUUUCAAGUUGUGAUUCAUUCCACAGCCUCUGCCUGUUUUCGUCUCCUUCAGAUUUAUAGGAUUGUUCUUCACACACACACACACUUAUUUUCUGGCACCAAACCUCAAAAUACAGGAAAACGUUGGGUUUGGCUAAUCAGUUACUUGUUUUUAAUUUUCUGUCUGAGGCGUUUUAGUACAAAAUUGAAGAGCGGAGCGGAGGGGCUGUUUUUGAAAGAGGACUUCUGCAUAGCCGUCAACCCUCCCUGCUGUUUCCCAAUGCUAUAAUAAGGGAAUUUCCUGCAAAAAGGGGAAAGGUUUACAGCUAUGCUUCUAUGGCCACUUGAAAUCCAAAUCUUUUUUUGGUGGCCUGACUGCAGCAUCUACCUAGGGAGUUUGUUCCUUUGAAGUCAGCAGUAAAACUAGUUAGAUACCCAGUUUAAGAGAGUCCGUCUUCAGCCAGCCAAGGUUCAGCUUUCAUUUAGGAAUGUGAACAAUCUCACAAAGAGGUGUUUAUCCUAUUUAAACUGCUAGCCUGAAGUAGAAAUCCCAUCAGUUAAGGAAACAAUUUCCCUUCUCUUAAUGAGCACAAGCAAGGAUCUCUUGACUCUGCCGUCCUGCUUGCUCACCCACCCUCUUGUUUUUAGUUCUGGAUUCUUGGCUCGACACAGUUGAUCUGCAUAGAUAAAGAACAAGCAUUGCCCUACAGAGAAAAUCUCUCUGUUACGUACAUAUAUAUUUUUUUGAAAUGCAGCGAAUAUGUCACGGACAGUAGUAGAAUUUAAAAGCCUCGUUAUCACUUAGUAGUAGAAUUUGAAAGCCUCGUUAUCAUUUGCCAGAGGGAGAGCCUUUUGCCACAAUUACUCUGUUUUGUGGUUUUAUGGAAGCCUUAUGCAUGCAUGCCUGCACACACGCACAAACACACGUGUGUGCUCACCACCAUAAUAAGAACACACAUACAUUUCCAGUUAGUAAGUAUAUUUGUGUUUCUAGCACAUUCACAAGCCACCUGAUGGGCAUAUUAAAGCAGCCAGCUUCUGGAACCAGGCCUCUGCGGCUACCCCCUUUUAAACAACUGUUUGAUUUGCAGCAACAAGCAAAGGAGAACGUUUAGGGCACCACGCCAUGAAAAA